AAAAAUACUAAUAUGGUACUUACUCCGACAAACAAAAUCCGACCCUCAAAUCUUAUUCUCAAUCUCACUUAUAAUCCCUAAAAUUCUCAUACUUGCAUGCAUAUUCUAAUUAGUAAUUAGUGAUUAGUAAUUAUCAUAUUAAUUUGGGGAAUCGCCAUAGCCAAAGUCAAAGCUCAUAAUAAGACGUGCAAAUAGAGUUAAGACAUGUCUGCAAUUGAUUUACUGCUAUUAAUUUACUUGCUUCCAUAUGCAGAUCACGACGUGUUCUUAAUCAUACAAUCAGCAUGAACAGUUUGUCAACAAAAAUAAAUUAAUAUAUAGAUUCAACUACCAAUUUAACAUCAAAUUUCUCUUUGAAUUUGAUAAUCUAUCCAAUAAUCCUAGUGAUUAUUUAAAGAAUUGUAAAUUGAUUCAAAACCCAUCUCUUUCUUCACUUGAAAAGUUCUUCGUCAUUAAUAUUCGCCAUGAAUUGGGAAUCUUCUCUACGAUUUCUGCUCUUAGUUUCAAUCUCAUUGAUGGUUAAUGGAUCUUAUAGUUCAACAUUGAAUUCGACGCAGUUUAAAAUCGACCCUUCAAAAGUCAAGCAAAUUUCAUGGAAACCCAGAGCGUUUGUGUAUGAAGGAUUUCUCACUGAUCAAGAAUGUGACCAUUUGAUAACGAUUGCAAAAUCAGAGUUGAAAAGGUCAGCUGUGGCGGAUAAUGACUCUGGGGAGAGCCAGCUUAGUGAAGUCAGAACUAGCUCUGGUGCCUUCAUUAGUAAAGCCAAGGAUGAAAUUGUUGCACGUAUUGAGCAAAAAGUUUCACUGUGGACAUUUCUACCAAUAGAGAAUGGUGAGGACAUACAAGUCCUCAGAUACGAGGAAGGACAAAAGUACGAACCUCACUACGAUUACUUUGUUGACAAGGUCAAUAUUGUUCGGGGUGGCCAUCGUUAUGCAACUGUCCUUAUGUAUCUUUCUGAUGUUAAGAAAGGCGGUGAGACGGUGUUUCCUCAUGCAGAGCUGUCAGAACGUCAAAGGGCGUCUAUUGCAGCAAGUAAUGAUUUGUCCGAGUGUGGAAAGCGAGGCAUUGCAGUGAAGCCGAAGAAAGGGGACGCUCUAUUGUUCUUCAGUCUAUACCCGAAUGCAGUUCCUGACCAGAUGAGUCUCCAUGGAGGCUGUCCUGUGAUCGAGGGCGAGAAAUGGUCUGCAACCAAGUGGAUUCAUGUCGACAAUUUCGAUAAAAUUGUCACAGAUGGUUGUGUUGAUCACAAUCAGAAUUGUGAGAGAUGGGCUGCCCUUGGUGAGUGUAGUAGGAACCCAGAGUAUAUGGUGGGGACUGCUGAUCUUCCAGGUUACUGCAGAAGAAGUUGCAACAUCUGUUAGUGUUCAUCAAAGGUGUUUAAUACUGGAUACCGAAUCAAAUCUGAUCCGAAUAUCUGGAUAUCCGGAUUUUCGAAUACUGAAAAAACGUGAUCUGUACUGUUCAUAAUAUCAAUGUUUAUUGUUGUUGUAGCCUCAUUUCUUUUUUCUUCAUUGAGAUACAUAAAAUAUCUAAUUCUGAAUUUUCUUGUUCAAUUUUUCACAUUCAAUGAUUUCCCUUUGGCAAGCA